AUGAACUCAGCAAAACACAUGGGUUUAUAUGAAAAUCUCACGCGCAAUGUUCCAGAUGCUAUGGCUCUCAUGUCUCACGGAUUUUUACGCCGAAGAUCUUCAGAUCCAAUGAGCCACAGCUUACAGAAAGACACCAUAACUUGUCUACAGUCGUGGGUUUGGUUCUCUCAGAGGGUUUCAGCGCACAACGACGAGCUUGUCCACGCUCUUCGGGCCCUGGUUCAGCCUACGAUCACAGCUUUGUGCGAUAACGAAUUGUACGAGGGGGCCGUGGAGUUGCUCUCCGAAAUUCUGUCAAACUACUCGGGCUUCUUGACAGAUGAACAUUACGAAUCCGUCUUUUCUCUUUUCGAGACCCAGUGGUCUCAUGAGCGAUACCAGCGUCUUGUCCAAGGGGACUUCGACUUUGAUUCCGUUCAAUUCGGGCAGCUCAUGAUCGCUCUUGGCGAUUCCAAGGUUGAGGAUCUCAUUCACGGUGUGGAUGCCCGCUCAUCGCGUUUUAUCGCACAUCUUCGUGGGCUCCUCUCUGCCCAGGGAUAUCCUGUCAGCGAGGACAAGAUUUUCGUCCCGGCCCUCGAGUUCUGGUCCACCUAUGUUGAGACAUUAACAGACUGCAUUUACUCGGAGGAAGAGGGCUCAAAGGAAUGGGUCUCUACGGCUACAUCCCACGUUCUGGAAGCUAUAUCGACUGUGUGGCAACGAAUUGCAUACCCACCUGCCAGUGUUCUUGCUGAUUGGGAUUCGGUUGACCGCGCCGGUUUUGGCGAUGCAAGGAAGGAUGUUGCUGACCUUCUUCAAUCGACCUUUACCGUGACUGGACCUCCCUUAAUCUCAACUUUCGCCAAUCUGACUCUUCAGUCGUUGUCACCAAACUCUUCGUCUGAUCUUGAAGCUGCAACGUUCUGUCUUGGAUCCCUCGCCGAUUGCGUAACUGGAGAUGCCAGGUGCGACGAAAGCCUCAGAGCUGUUUUCUCCUCACCACUAUUCGACCUUCUUCGGACAUCGGGUUCGUCUAUGCCAGGUCGCACUCGCCAGACCUGUAUAUCCCUGAUUGAAAGAUACUCCGAUUACUUUGAGCGCGAGACCCAAAGCCUUCCAGCUGCACUGAAUUUGCUGUUCUCUGUCCUUGCAGAUCCCUUACUAGCUGGGCCGGCCGCCAAAUCCAUUUUACAGCUUUGUUCCUCGUCACGCUCCAUCCUGGCAUCGGAGGCAAGCGCAUUCCUCAGUCAAUAUGAGGGUAUUGCCGCACAAAGUCAGCUGGACUGUCUGGCUGUUGAGCGAAUCAUGGGAGCCAUAGCCGCUGUCAUCCAAGCCGUCCCAGAUGAGAGCACCAAGUUCGACCAUAUUAACUUCUUACUCUCGUUCGUCCAGAAAGAUGCUCGCUUGUCAAUGCAUCUAUUGUCCUUGCCCAGACUCCAGAGCGACGCAUCAGGCAGCGGAACAGACAUUCAUCGCUGCCCGACGCUAGGCGAUCCGUCGGAACUUCCCCUGCACAUGGCCUUGAAAGCUCUGAGAUGCCUCAUAGGCAUUGGUAAAGGUCUACAGGCUCCGGGCGACGUGCCUUUCGACCUGGACAGUGAGAAGGAUAUCCCGGCGACCGACAGCUCCUCCAGACUCGGCCAUUUGCAGUCUGGGAUCAUGUCAAUGAUAGUACAGCUUCAGAGAGCGUUCCCACAGAGCGACGAAAUUUCCGAGAGCAUUUGCACCAUUUUCCGAUCGGGGUUUUCCGAGUCGGACGCUGGCCCAUUCGUUUUCCCUCCAGGGCUGGUAUGCGACUACCUCACUGAACAGACACCUCAAACACCUCGAAUUGGCUACUUUGUGAACACUGCUUGUUCUUUUCUUAGUUCACUAAGAAAUAUGAAGAGCGGUGAUGUGGAUGAAGUAAGGACGAAACUUCUCCGAUGGGUCAUUACUUUACUACAGCAACAACCAGAGCCAGAUAAUGAUGUAGAGUUGGCGCAGAACGGCAUUGAAUUUACGAACCGCUUGAUCUCGCGGGAGCCUGCGUCGCUUUUCCGACCGGAUUGCCUUCCUCUUACGGAAUUUUUCUUCAUCUACGCCUUGCGGAUCCUAGAUGGGCGCGAGCCACUACCCAAAGCUGCAGCUGCGGAUUUCUGGGCCACGUUCAUGGCUCUGAAGCCCGCAGAUGCGACGAUAGAUCACGCGAUAGCUCAGUUAGGCCCAUUGCUGGCCCAGUCCAUCGUUCGUAACAUCGGCGGAACUGCCUCAAGGAGCGAACUCGACAGAUUAAGUGAGCCUCUGAAAAAGAUGGUCAGCAAUCAAGCCAAAGCUCGUAAUUGGCUCGAGCAAGCUUUGUCGGACCCAUCAUUCCCAAGCCAGCAGCUAGCUGGCGAUGAAAAAGCGGUUUUUCUUAAGAAAAUCAUGAAGUGGUCUUCGUGGAGCGAGGGGUACCAAUCAGGUGGUGCGAGACUUUUGGCUUGCUGCGCGAGGCUCAAACUUCGCCUAUGCCUCGUGAAGAGCAUGUUCGAGAACAUGGAAUCCAAGAGGCAAUGCCUCAACAGCCCACCGGCGUUUCUCCUACACCCAGAAAUGACUCCCAGUAACGAUGCACAACAUUGUGGUUCGCGAAAUGAGAAGUAA